AAAAGUAGAAAACAGAGUAGAUGAAAAGAGAGAGACAUUCAAUUCCCUCUCCCUCAUGUAUAUAUAAAGCCUAUUACACUGCAUUCUACAGCAGCUUAAAACAGCAAUGGCGAAGCGUUUGAAGCUCAGAAUUUGCAGAGCCAUCGCCACCACUCUGCAAUCCUGCCGCUCCAAACAUCCUUCCCAUCUCCCAACAGAUCCCACCCCUUCACUCUCACACCCCUCCGAAUUCCCCCAACCUCACCCCGCCAACCACCCGCCGCAAUUCAAUUGCCAAAACGAAGAAAAAUGGCACGUCGUCGUCGAAAUCCCCGCGCCACCACCGCCGGAGAAGAUCCGCCGCCGCUCGAAGAAGAAGAAGCAACGAUACAUCCCCAGCCGCCUCCGCCUCCGCCUCAGCACUUCCUCCGCCGACAGCGGCUGGUUCAGCACCGAGGAAACCGAAACCCUAGUCUCCUCAUCUCCGCGAUCCUCCUCCGAUCUGCAUCCGAUCGGAGAGAAAUCGCACGCCGCAAACCCUAGAAAUUCCCGUCGCCGGAGCCGGAGACCAACGCGAUCGUCGAAUCGAACGGCGGCGGAGGGGAAUUCGCCGGCGCCGGCGAGGCUGUCGAUGCUGAAGAAGCUGAUUCCGUGCACGGUGGAUGGGAAAGUGAAGGAGAGCUUCGCGGUCGUGAAGAAAUCGGAGGAUCCGCUGGGGGAUUUCAGGAGGUCGAUGGUAGAUAUGAUCGUGGAGAAGCAGAUGUUCGAGAAGAAGGAUUUGGAGCAGCUGCUGCAGUGCUUUCUCUCCUUGAAUUCAAGGAAUUACCAUGGGGUUAUCGUCGAGGCUUUCUCCGAGAUUUGGGCCGCGAUGUUUACACCGCCGCCUGUGGGGCAUUACCGGCGCCGGCGCCGAGUGUCGCGAGUCGCUUCGUCGUUUUAAAUUUAUUUGAAUUUGUAAUUCUGUAUUACGAAUGUAAGAUAUUUUAGAUAUAUAUGUCGCUAUCACUCUCUACGGCUAAUGUAAGAUAUUUUAGAUAUAUAUAGUUGUAUUAUAAGUAAGAAUUUAAUUUAGUUAA